UGUUGUGUUCAGGUGCUAAUGUGGAGUCUCAGGCUCAGGAUCGUGCAACAAUACUGUUUGAGGCGUCUGCUUCAGGAAACCCUGACGUCAUCUCCUUACUGCUGGAGUACGGCGCUGAUGCCAACAUCCCCAAACGCACGGGACACCUGCCCAUCCACAGAGUGGCCCACCACGGACACGGGAAGGCUCUGGCUCUGCUGAUUCCCGUGACGUCGUGGGAUGCAGUGGAUGACAGUGGGAUCAGUCCUCUUCACUCGGCGGCGGCGGGUGGACACACUCAGUGUCUGGAGAUGCUGCUAAACGCCCAUUAUGACCCCAACUUCAUGCUGCACCCAUGGGUGCGUCGCAGCUAUGACGACAAGCGCCAAUCCGCGCUCUACUUUGCCGUCUCCAACGACGACGUCGCCUCCACCCGAGUGCUGCUGGAGGGCGGAGCGAUGCCCAACCAGGACCCCGUCAAGUGCCUGCAGGUGGCGCUGCGGCUGGGAAACUACGAGCUGAUCAACCUGCUGCUUCGCUACGGAUCCAACGUCAAUUACUACUGCAGAGUGAACACCACACACUUCCCGUCGGCCUUACAGUACGCGCUGAAGGACGAGGUGGUGCUGCGGAUGCUGUGUAACUACGGAUAUGACGUGGAGCGAUGCUUUGACUGUCCAUAUGGGGAGGGAUCGCACGUCCCGCAGGGUUACGAGGGCUGGAGUGACACCGUCAUUAAAGACACGCUGUUCUGUGAGGUCAUCUCUGUCUCGUGGCUCAAGCAUCUCUCGGGAAACAUGGUCCACAUCAUGCUGGAUUAUGUCGAUCAUGUGACCUUUUGCUCCAAACUGAAGGCUGCGCUCAUGGAGCAGAAACAGUGGCCUGAAAUCUGCAAAAUUCAAG